AUGCCUCGCUUCCCUGCUUCACAGCUCAAAACUCCAGUUGUUCCGAGUCUUCGCGCAGCUUCGACAUUAGCUCGUCCGACCUCUCAAACGGCCAUCCAACUGGCAAGCAAGAGCCCGAUUCGAGCUAUUGUGAUACUUCCUAUUCAGUUGAACGGGACUGCCAGUCCCACUCACGUUCAAUUGGCUCAACGCCGAUGGGCCAGCUCUAGUUCCGAGAAAGAGGCCGCAGCGAAGCAAUUGGCAAACACUAGCAGACCUACCGAUGAGUCUGGUUCGACGGCGAGUAACGAGGGUAUUGUCCAAGGAGCCACUCGAGAGCUCAAAAGCGUCGCUUCGGGCGUUGCGGAGAUCAUUUCUGGAGGUGGUCAUCAUUCAUCUCGGCAGGAGAAGACUGACAGUGGAGCUGGACCCCAUGGAGCUCAGGAGAUCAGCUCGCACUCUCAUUCGGGAAGUGUGAGGGAUGACUUCAUCGGUAUCACGAAGAACAUUUUCCAAUGGGUCCCUCAGCCAGCUCUGGUCGUCGGUCUGGCUGGUACAUUGCCUUACCUCGGGACAGCCUUUGGAACCAUUUUCCUGGCACGAGAGGCGGCGCGCGAGAGUCAAGGUUUGAGCACUAUCACUGGAGGCAGUCUCGACUCUAUUCUCGGCAACCUUCAUACGCUCGAACAUAUUCAAAUCACUUAUGGAGCCAUCAUCCUCUCUUUCCUCGGAGCCAUUCACUGGGGAAUGGAGUUCUCAAAGUAUGGAGGGUAUCAAGGGUACAAUCGGCUUGCACUUGGUGUAGCACCGGUCUUGAUUGCUUGGCCCACGACGUUCUUGCCUCAUGGUUUAGCUUUGGUAGCGCAAUGGUUGGGUUUCACCGGAACGUGGUUCCUUGAUCAACGAGCAAGUUCCAAUGGCUGGACACCUCCUUGGUACGCUACUUACCGAUUCUACCUUUCUUUGAUUGUCGGGUUCUCCAUCAUUGCCACAUUUGCAGGGACUGGAUACUAUGGUGCCGGAGCCGGAGCGACCGUGACCUCGAAAGACAAGCGAACUUUGCACACUACGGAGAGAGUAUCACCCUUGAAGAAGAUGUCGAGGAUAGAAGAGGCUAAACACCCAAAGCAUGGUGAGACGUUGACUGGUCGAGCGACGGGGACAGUCAAGGGACCUAUUGCACUUGAAGAAGAGGAGGACGGGGAUCAUUUCUUAAAGUUGAGAAACUUCAAGAAGGAAAAGGAGGAAGAAGAGGAGCGAGAGAGAGAAGAAGAAGAGGAAAGACAAAAGAAGGAGGAAGAAAAGAAGACGAAGAAGGAGGAGAAUCAAAAGUUUCAAGACGAAAGAGAUCAACAUCAACAGGAGAAAGCACCUGGAAGUAUGAAGAGUGAGGCCAAAAAUAGGACGGGGGAGAAUGAGCUUGCGGAUGGAAAGGACAAGACGGAGGCCAACAAGAAGUGA